UUCAAAUCCAAAUGUAAAUAUUUUGGUUUUGUGAUGUGCUAUGCAUCAAAAUGACCGGAUUUAAUUAUUUAGUGAGGAGGCCAGUGCAUUAUCGUUGUUUCAAGAAGUUGAACCGUUACAGUUCUUCUGAUACAAGCGUCAAACAUGAAGGAAAGGCUGUUAGAAAGAAGUAUUCGGACACAGUGAACCUUCCUAACACUAAGUUUCCAGCAAGGAUAGAAGGCAGAAAAAGAGCUGAGCGUGACAGGUUUAUUUACGAAAAAUGCAGAUUCUCCUCGUUAUAUUCAUGGCAAAGAGAACACACUAAGGAUCCAGAGUUCAUACUGCAUGAUGGCCCUCCAUACGCCAAUGGAAAACCACAUAUGGGACAUGCCAUUAACAAGAUUAUGAAAGACAUAAUAUUGCGUCACAAGGUACUUCAGGGUCAAAGAGUGCAUUUUAUUCCGGGAUGGGACUGCCAUGGUUUGCCCAUUGAACUGAAAGCAGUGUCCAGUUCAUGUGGAAAAGAAACAAAGCUUACACCAGUUGAAAUAAGAUAUAAAGCACGGAAAUUUGCUGAAGCUGCUAUUGCAAAUCAGAAGACAACUUUUAAAUCAUGGGGAGUAAUGGGUGAUUGGGACCAUUCUUAUCACACAUUUGACAAGAAAUAUGUGAAAAACCAGAUUAAGAAAUUUUACGAUAUGUUUGAGAAGGGUUUGAUCUAUAGAGCAUAUAAACCAGUUUUCUGGUCUCCAUCAUCAAGGACAGCACUGGCAGAAGCUGAGCUGGAAUAUAACCCAACUCACUGCAGUCAGGCUGUUACGGUACGCUUCCUGAUAAAGGACCUACCACCACAACUGAAAAAAAUUACACCCCAACAUGCAUCACAAGUGUAUUUGUUAAUAUGGACCACAACUCCUUGGACUCUGCCAAUGACAAGUGCAGUAUGUUAUAGUCCAGAGAUGACAUACAGUGCAAUUCAUUUGGACAAUUCAAAAGAUGAACUGUACAUUUUAGCUUCUGAAUGUAUGAAGGACUUGCUAAACAAGACUGGAGCACAAGCAGAAGUUAUCUCAUCUUUUAAAGGUGACAUGUUGAGGAAUACAUUCUAUGAGCAUCCUCUAAAGCAAGGAUGCAACUUGCCUUUGCUUCCUUCAGACCAUGUCUCAACUGGCAAAGGCAGUGGAUUGGUGCAUACAUCUCCAGCCCAUGGCCACGAUGAUUUCUUGGUUGCUUUAAAACAUGGAAUUUCCUUGGAGUGUUUGGUUGAUGAAGAUGGCUGCUUUAUGUCUAAAAUUGGGCCAGAGCUUGAAGGUUUACCUGUGUUGUCUGCAGGCAAUGAAAAAGUGUUGGUAUUGUUGCAGAAUGAUAUUUUGCAUCAAGAAAAGUAUACACAUAGUUAUCCCUAUGACUGGAGGACAAAGCAGCCAGUUAUAAUCAGAGCUAGCAAGCAAUGGUUUAUUGACACUGAUGCAAUUAAACAAACAGCAAUUAACAAACUCAGAGCUGUUAACAUAUUGCCAGAAAAAUUCAGUGGAAGUGGUCAGCUAAUAUCGCUGCUGGACAGGCGACCGUACUGGUGUAUCUCAAGGCAGAGAGUUUGGGGUGUACCGAUCCCAGUUCUUUACCGACAUUCAAAUCAGGAAAUCUUGGUAACCAGACCACUGAUCGAUCACUUCUGUAAUCUUUUGGAAGAACAUGGUCCAGAUUUCUGGUGGACACUGCCUACUGAGAAACUUGUUGAAGGUUGUGUCUCAGAUGUAGAUGUACAAGACAUAGAAAAAAGUCAGGACAUCUUGGACAUCUGGUUUGAUAGUGGAAUAUCAUGGUCUUCUGUUUUGGAUCAAAAAGUGGCUGACUUAUAUUUGGAAGGUGUAGACCAAAUCACUGGUUGGUUCCAGUCUUCACUAAUGACAUCAGUUGCACUGCGUGAGGAGCCUCCCUAUCGGGCUAUAUUUGUUCAUGGAUUUGCAGUUGAUGGAAAUGGUCGAAAAAUGUCAAAGUCAUUGGGAAAUGUUGUAGAUCCUGUUGACAUUACUGAAGGCAGCAAGCACAUACCAGCUUAUGGGACUGAUGUUCUCAGGUGGUGGGUUGCUUCGCAUGGUACGCAUCAUGGUAACAUAAGUAUAAGCAACAAUUUGUUGGACAGCUCUGCAGAUUCUAUCCAAAAAAUACGCAUUGUGCUGCGCUUUAUCCUUGGGUCUAUAAAUGAUUUCCAGAAUAAGAGUGACACUGAUGCUGUACAUUUAUACAACUUGGACAAGUACUUGCUCAAUCUGCUCUUUGGUUUGGAAAAAGAGGUUGUGGCAAUGUAUGACACUUAUCAGUUCAACCAUGUUUGUAAACUCAUGACAAACUUUGUCACCAACGAUCUAUCAGCACUAUACUGCCAUCUCAUAAAAGACAGACUUUAUUGCGAAUCAUCUAACUCUCCUAAGAGAAGAGCUUGUCAGUUGGUGCUGAGCCACAUACUGGAAGGUGUUACACAUAUGAUUGCCCCAGUUUUACCAUUUCUUGCAGAGGAAGUUUAUCUCCACCAUCCCUGUUUUGUCGGUACAGGUGUUUUCCGAUCUGGAGUCUGGAAGCCUCUAAAGGAGUGGGAGAAAGCUGACAUUGACAAUAUAAUGUCAGCAGCAUUGAAAUUGCGUGAUUUACUUCACAAAACCUCAGAAGAAUCCAAUACUUUGAAAUUAAAUGUGAAAGUUUUUGCAGGAGAUAAAACUUUGCAGAUAUUGAAGUUGUUCCAGGAAGAAGGUCGAAGUGAUUUUUCUGAGUUGACAGAACUACUGCAGGUAUCAGCUGUGGAACUGAUCAAGUCUAAUAAGCAGCUAUCAGAUAAUGAGUUUGAAAUUGUAUGUGAAACAUCAGAACAUCAACUAUGUCCAAGGUGCCGACGUUAUACCUCUAAACAAAAAGAUGUGCUGUGCUCCCGCUGUGAGAAAAUAGUAUCAAAACAACCCCUAAAACAAGUUUUAUGCAGCUAACAGUGUAUUUAUUUGUAUUUUAAUUAGUCUCAUGAGUGAUACAGUGUCUUUUUGUGUUCAGUGUGUUAUGUAAGCAAUUGUGUAUUCACUAUUUUCUCUUGGAAGAGUUAUUCUUUUCUGUAA